GAGCGAACAGCGAAAGCAUCAAGUGAAUCCCAUCACGAAUAUUGUGACAAAAGUGUUCAAAUCCAGUGCGAUGAACUUGCUCAUGGAUAAUCUGCCGUCGCAUGUAAAUUCCGUCGCGAGACGUACAACUCCGCCGCAACAGCCGCAACAGACGGAAUUGCGCAUCUCCACCCACAGCCCCACAGCAACAGCAACAGCAGCAAUGACACAGCAGCAACACAACACUGUUAACAACAACAAUAACAACAAUGAUGUGUCCAGUGUUAAGACCACAUUGAAGCGUUCCUUUGACGUGGCCUUUCUGAUGAUGCCCGAUGAGCGCAUCAAGCAGAAGCAGGCCGAGAAACAGGCACGUCUCCAGGAGGCACUGCAUCAUCAGCAGCAACAGCAACAGCAGCAGCAACAGCAACAGUUGCAACUGCAGCAGCAACAGCUACAGCUGAAUCAUUAUCCCACGGAUCUCUCACCCAGAGCAGCUGCCUCACAGCCUCCUUCUCCGGCUGCCUUGGAGUACAUCAGUUUGUUGGAGGCGCGACAACGUUAUCCACAACUCGCCAUACGCUCGCCGAGAGUCUAUGAUGAUCCCACGCUGGUCAUACCGCUGGUGGACUCUCCCGAGGCGACAGUCUCACCGCCACCGCCACCACUGAGAAGCGCCUUCACCAAGGUGGCCUCCUCGCUGUCCAGCUCAUCGUCGCCCUCGACGGCAUCGCGUCUGGAGUCGCCUGUGGAUGUCGGAGCACCACCGCUGAGUCCGGAUCGGUUGAGCUGCCAUUCGAUGAGUCCACCGGUGGCCACACCUCCUCCCAGGACCAACAGCGGCGGUGGCAACACUGCCCACUCUCCGCAUCCCUUGCCAGUCAAUCCCAUUGUCUAUCACAAUUUCCGGCCGGAAUAUCAGUUCAAUGGCGCCUUUCACUCAGUGAAUCCCAUGCAGGCGCUGCAGGCACAGCAACGGCUCAAGCAGCAGCUGCUCUACAGACCACCAACAGCCUCCAAUGGCCACAGUCCCAAUGGCUCCUCGAAUCCCUCGUCUCCGCCAAAUGGUCCGCCGCCGGAGUUUCUGCAUGCUGCCUAUCCCGGCUUUGGUCCACCUCCGCAUCCCUUUGCUGUGGCUCAACCGCUGCAGAAUCCCGCUGCAGCUGCGAUUCUCUCCACGCUCAUCCCACCCACACUGGCGUCCACCUUCACACUGACGGCACAAAAUGUGUGCGCCAAGUGCAACAUUAGCUUCCGCAUGACCAGCGAUCUCGUGUAUCACAUGAGAUCCCAUCACAAGAGCGAGGUGGCCUGUGAUCCCAAUCGUCGCAAGCGCGAGGAGAAACUGCGCUGUCCCGUCUGCCAGGAGACCUUCCGAGAGCGUCAUCAUCUCACCCGACACAUGACCGCCCACCAGGACAAGGCCAGCGAUCAUCAGCCCACACCGGAUGACUCCAGUGAUAAUGAGAUUAUCAACGUGGUUGGAGGCACACCUCCGGGACGACGAACUGGCAGUGCGUCCAAAUGAUCCAAGCAUUUCUUCGGAUACUUUUAAGCUGCCGCCUGUUUAGUUGUUGAUCUCUCUCUCUAACCCAGAAAUGUUCCCAUUGUGAUAUUAAGUUUAGUUACCACCACCUUAAUCCUACUUGAGUUUCUCUCCAUUAGUCAUUAACAUACAGUGCAAUUCCGCUGAUCUCAGAGCGAACCAUCUUAACUCUAUCCAUUUUUUACUUUUAUUUUUAUUUCUAUUCGAGCUGCCCGUUUUAUUAUUGUAAAGUAUUAGAUCUAAGUUUCCGACUCAACCCAUUUAAUAAUUAAUAUUUGAUGUGUGA